AACAGUAUUGUAAUCCCACUCCAGGGAUCCCAAACGCAUUUCUGCAUCACAUGCCUGCUUGUGUGUUUUCAGCUGGUUCCAGAGCACAUUGUGAUGACAAAGGAAGAGGUGACAGAGCUACUGGGCCGAUAUAAACUGAAGGAGAGCCAGCUCCCUCGUAUCCAGGCGGGGGACCCUGUGGCGCGGUACUUUGGGCUGAAGCGAGGGCAGGUGGUGAAGAUCAUUCGACCCAGUGAGACAGCUGGGAGGUACAUCACCUACAGACUCGUGCAGUAGUGAAUAGCACGGUAAACGGCACGCCCGGCUCUUAUGCGCCACAAGUAUCUAUUACCUGUAUAAAUAUAACGCGAUGUCCCCAGAGUGUAACAGUGAUACUGUUGUUUUGCUGUUUGGGUACUCCAGCUGCUGCUGCAGAAAAGCUUGCAUCAUCCUUUAGCUUUUGAGGACAGUGCUGGAUUGAUCACAACAAUGGCUCCUCAGUUAGUUCUAUAACUGACAUGUAGCAUUGUAAUCGCUCGUUUCCUUCUGUAUUCUUUUUUUUUCCCCCAGUAAAAUUGGUCUAUAAAAUAGGAUCAGCAGUUUUGCAGAAAUCCACUUUGUUAUUCUUGUAUACAGCCUUCACUGAAACGUUACUCAACUGAGUGUGCUCCACGACUACCAAAUCACUUGUAAGAUAAAAAGGUCUUUUUUUUUUUGUUUUGUUUUAUGUAGGUAUUGAUUUCUUGUUCAUUUCUAGAAAACGAGAUGUAAAAUAUAUACCGGUAGUCUCUCAAUUCUCAUUUUGAAUACCCACGUUUAAAAUCUGACCAGUUUGCACAAGAACCGAGCCAUGAAAGGGUUUACUGCACUUCAGCUUCAGUGGGAUAUUUGCAUCUGGAGCUAUUCAUGUUUAAAAACUAGAAAUAAACAAGAUAUUUCUUACAUGUUUGGCAAAAUGACAGUUUCUCUUGAAAGAAGUCCAAAUGAAUUGUAGUAAAAGUUUGACUUGUUACACAAAUCCUGGGCUGCCCUGCUCUUACGUUCGGUAAGAUGAGAGAUGCACAGCAGUGAUGUGGGUAUCAUUCUAUGGUAUAUGAACGUGACCUCAACAUUUUAGUCAAUGUUUGGUCAUGGACAGAUCUUCAAUGUAUUUUGGUAUUACUAGAUAUCCUUUUCGGUCACAAGUGUAUUUACAUUUUGAAAUGGUUUGUGUCAAAACUUGAAAAAAAAAAAAAAAAAAAAAAACCAUUGCAUUAUAAAAUAUUUAUAUAGCUAAGAAACAUGGUCUAGUUAUACAGUGACUGAAGGGAUGUAUACACUGUUAAUCUAGUUUCACAGACCCCUGAUUGGAUUACCCAAUGUAGCCCAGCUGUAAAUCUUCUCAAUACAGCCCUUUUAAAAUUUCAACCCUGACCCCCCCCAUGCUUCAGAUUAUACAACGGGACCCGUCUACCUUGUAGCCUCUUUCGAUUUUGAGGAAGAAAGCCAUCAAUGUGUCCUGCAAAACGAAAGAUUUAUUUCUCCCAGGUAUGUCACAUGCUGUAUAACCAGAUGCCAGCCAUUUCCUAAAAAUGAAACACAAGUCCAUAUGCAAAACAUUUUCUGUGAAUCCAGGUUUUACUGUUCUAACUUCAUUUUGCACCUUGGGCAUUUAACUUUACUCCAGGAAACUUCAAAGCAAUACACCUGAACCAGGGAAGUUCUGAGAACCAUUUCUGAAAAGAAUUAUGACAGGUAAAAAUGUAAGAAAUGCCGUUUAUUAUUACUCUAUAUACACUUGUCAAAAACACUAUUCUUAAUAUAUAUUAAAGUCAAAUAUAACUUAAAACACAUGCCUCAAAUUCAUGUAUGCAAUCGCAAAUAUUAAAAAAAAAAAAAAAAAAUUCAUGUAAAGAAACUCAUGUGGUGAUCACAGGAGCCAGCCUACAUUAUCCACCACAUUUUAGUAGUUGGUUGUAACAGCAGAGUACAGUUUUAACUUCAGUUAGCCUGCUCAGCACUCAUCAUACACUACCUCAUGAGUUGUACGCGUUUGUAAAACAGGAGGUAACUAUUUAAAUUGGGAAUGAAGAAUAAUUACUGUCCGAGACGGAGGACUCUUGUAACAUUAAAUACAGUGCAAUACUUAAACUGCAGUCUGCACUUUGUUGCUGUUUUUUUAAUUUUGUUUAAACUGCACAAAUGUGUUUCAUUUAUUUACUUCUAGUUCAGUUUUCUAUUAAAGCAUAUUUUUUUUAAUAACCCACAAUUUGCAACGAGGAAAGAAGUCUACCGAAUUGUGUCCGUUCUGUUAAUAGAAUAAAAAAACAACAGUGGUGUACCAGCUCCAAGCUUGUAAAUACAAUAAAAGCCACUUUCUGAAAAUACACAUAAAUUGCAAUUUAAAAAUAAAAAAAAAUUAAAAAAAAACUUUAAGGACUAGUUCAAAGCCUAAAAAAGAAAUAAUUUUAAUUUAUUUAGCUUGUCGAACCGUGUUUUAUACAUAUCUUGUUUGUCAACUAAUGGGGCCGUUUUUACUUUCUGAAAAACAAAUUACACUUUGCAAAAAAAAAAAGAAGACGUGCAUUUCGACUUUUCAUUAAGUUCCUUGCUUGUUCUCAGAAAUGAUCCUUCAACUGCAGUUCAAACAAACAUUCUGCCACAAGAUGGCGAUGUAUGUCAAGUUAAAAUGAAAAAAAAAUUAAAAAUCACUAUUUUCCUGGGACGCAUCCAAACACAGUGAGCUCUGGAGGGUCCUGUCGAGCAUUAAGCAGCAGUAGCAGCUGCUCAGUCUCCAUGACUGGAACCACCCUUGGCUCUUCUCUCAUACUGCCUUCAUGCAGACCCUGAAGCAGUUCAUUUCACUUGUUAAACUUGGAAUGGAAUGACUGUCCAGGACCGCGAUCGGACACUCCUGUGGCAAUCCAUAAACUGGUUCAGCUGUAGGACACCAAUACACCUGCUGGUCCAGGUAGCUGGCUGGCUCAUUACGGCACACAAACUUGGUUCACUGGCAGGGGGCAAAUGUAAGCCUUUAAAAAAAAAAAAAACCCUCAAAAGACAUCGAUCAUCCCUGCUGUUUUUGUGAGACAGCUAA